AUGGAAGGGUUAAAAAGGGCAUGCAAGGGUUUUUUCUGCACCCCCCUAGGAGUAAUAAUAACGGGCGUUGACUUAAAGAAAGACAUCUCAGACGAUUUAAUAGACCAGUUCAAAAGAGAUGUCCAUAAGCAUCGUCUGCUUAUUUUCAAAAAUCAAGGCACAGUUUCUGGUCAAAGACAUGUUGAAAUAAGCCAAUGGUUUGGACAGUUUGAAUCAACAUUUUACAAACAUCCUAAAUCACCACAUCCAGAUGUAUUUCGAGUAUCAAACAUUCGUGAAGAGGGCUGCACCAAUGUUGGGCGAACUGGAUGGCAUAUUGAUGGAAGUUUUAUGAAGAAACCCUUUGCAUAUUCAAUUUAUCACAUGGUAUCGAUUCCAAAAGUUGGAAAUACUGACUUUGUUCCACUGAAAGAGUUAAUUGAGGGACUAUCAGAAGAGACUCGAGCCAGAUGGGAAAGACUCUGGAUGUUACCAGACAGACGUGACAAAAUUCUUCACCCACUGAUAUACUCUCAUCCAGUCACAAAACAACCAACUUUGUGUUUUCAUCUUGGGAUGACUGAGGCAUUUAUUUGGGAUUACGGUACUGAUCAACAGCGAAUAACAGAACAUAAGGAAACUAUGAAAUUACUGCAAGAAAUUCAUGAUGAGAUAGUCAAAGAUAAUAGAAGACUGAUCUAUUCACAUAAGUGGGAAGAAGGUGAUUUUAUCAUCUCAGACAACUUAGCCGUUGGACAUGAAGCGACACCAGAGACGCAGUAUCCCAGGGAGGAGGUUGGUGUGAGGAUCUUACAUAGAACUACCAUACAAGGCGCUCAUGAACCACAGAAGGCUGAAUCCAUGUGAUAGAAUAAACAUUGAAAACAUUUCUCUGUCAGAUUUUCAGAUAAAGCAUAAACCAUUGCCCAGCUGGAUGUAUAUGGAGAACUCAUCCUGCUUUUUACUUUUAACAGUCAAUGCGUAGUUUAAGGGUUUCUCACUAUCGAAAUACUAAGAUUGAAUCGUAGACUGUAUAGGUUCUGGUUUGCUGGCACAGAUUUGCAGCCCCGUUAGUGAUAAAGGCCUGAUUUAAUUGUUGCCUGCACUUAAAGGAUUUAAUGAAAUAGUGCAAAGAAUUUUCAGUUUGUUUAAGUAAUAAAUUUUUAUAUUGUCUUUAUUUACAAGCAGUUUAGAAAUUCUUUGAGCACAAUUCUUGUACAUGUCUCUUUAUUUACAUAGGACGAUAUAGGCUAAUUUUAAUGUAAUUUUGUUAAAAAGAACCACUACAACAUGAUCAUGUAACAUGCAGUCGGUUUUAUCAAAUUAUAUGUAUAUUGUCCUUUUAAUAUAUAUCUAGAUCUUUUUUAAUUUGCUAAGCACACAGUCAUAUAUAUGCUUGUAUAUAGGAAUUGUUUUAAUUUGAGAGGGACUCCACUGAAAUCCUAACCCCAGAGAUUCAAACGCCUAAAAUCAUAGAAUUUGAAUUUCUUACAUAGAUUAAUUGGGUACUUAAACAAAAAAGUGUAUAAAAGCAUAAUGGAAACAUGAUGUAUUGAAUAAUGAUGAAUUAUACUCAGAAUUGAAUUAGACAUUCUAUUAUUGUGUUUUUCUUAUAGUGAUUUGAAUUAAAAGUUUUCAAUGCUUUUAUUUUGGGGUUUAUUUUUCACAAUUAAAAUAUUUAUCCUGGAGAAAAAAGAGUGAGGGAAUGAUCAGAAGUUUUGUGCACAAGCUAUUGAUCCAGGCAUACGUGAAAUGGUAUAUAAUUCUUGAAGAAGAAAAAGUUUCCAAACCUGUCAUGUAAAAAAAACUUAAGUGGAGUCCCAUAAAUACCUAAUCUGUGAUAGUUUGUUUUAUUAUUAAAUGGAUAAAAAAUUGUUCAUUUUCUGACAGGAAUGAUAUAGAACAUGUGUAUGACACAUUGUUUCAAAAUGUUUGGUGUGAAAAUAUAUUAUGCAUCAUUUAAUCGGAGACAUUGUGAUUUAUUGUUAAGUAUUAAUGCUCUCCUGGCACUAUUAAUUGUUAAUUUUCCAUCUUUUUUUUACAUUUUUGUAAGCUUGUAUUAUUCAUAUUAUUCACAAUGGACUUGGGAGUCUUUUUGACUCGAUAUUGUGUUAACAUUGAUAUGAUGAUAUCUUUUUUUACACCAAAGCUUAUAUAUCAGAGCUGUAUAUGUCUAUAUAUGUACAUGGUAUUUCUGUUUUGCUUCUGUUUUGUCUAUGUUGCCAUGUUGAAUCAUUGAAAUGAAUAAAUCAGUUUAUGAAAAUGUUAAACAGAUUCACUCACUCUUUACAUACCACAUGAGUGCAUAGUGCCAUCUUU